AUGUUCCAGCAACAGCUAGUGUUCCAAGGCGCAGCGCCACAACCGGACUCGCCAGGCUUGAAAGGACGCAUUGCUAAGAUCACCACCAAGGCCGCAGAACAGCCAAAACAUGUUUUCAAUACCAUAGUCUCCGCACUACCGCAAGAGCUGUAUAUUGGACAAAGACUAGAAUUCGAAGUCGCGAUCAACCCCGACAUCAUCAACGCCAGCUCGACGGAGGAACUUCCGGAGGUGUCAUUAGAUGCUUGCACCAUCACACUCUUCUGCCAAACGAAUGGACCGCAUCCUGAGCAUAUAGAAGUGCUCAGGCAAAAAGUCAACAAACAGCGACCCUCUGGACCCUUCUCAGCAGAUACCGGGUUUCGCAAGACUGUGGAUGGUGGCACUUUUGGGCACAUGCCCAGCACUUUCAAUUUUCGGAAUGUAUCGCAGUCAUACAAACUCCGGCUUGACUUGCAGUUCUAUGCUGCUGGAUCUACAGUGGCAAUGAAGAAAGAGUUGCCGGUCAUUGUGUAUCCGUAUCGUGCGCCAAGAGAGGACGAUUCCUUGCCUUCGUAUGAGGAAGUGAUGGGUGGGCAUUCGAGGAGCGCUUCGGUUGUGUGA